GCAAGAGAAGGGCUCUGUACCACCAUGACCGGAGGACUGGCUGCUUUGAUUCUCCUAAGUACAUUUUCUCUGAUUCAAACUGCAGAGGUUGCUGAGCAGAUCUCUUUGACUGUGGUUGAACCUGGUGGUAGUUUGAAUCUGACAUGUCCGUUGUUUGGAAAUGAAGCUGGGUUGUUUUACUGGUAUAAGCUGAAGUUUGGAUAUAUGGUCCAAACAGUUGCAGCGGGGACUUUUAGGACAGUAAAUCUUCAGGGACAAUUUGACAACUCAAGAUUCACAGUCACAAAAGUGAACAGUCAGUAUGUUCUCAACAUCAGAAAUGUGAGCAAAGAAGACGAAGCAACAUACUUCUGUCAAGCAGGAUCGGCAUACAUAAUGAAGUUCAUCAAUGGCACACUUUUGUUUGUGAACGAUCAUAAAAAUCAGCACAAAUCUUGCUAUGUGGAACAAAGUCCGGAGACUAAGUUGGUCCAGGCGGGCAACUCAGUGACUCUCCAGUGUUCACCUCUCUCCGGGAACCACACACAAGAUGAGUGCCAAGGUGAACACAGUGUGUACUGGUUCAAAUAUGGAUCUGGAGAACCAAGCAUUAGGACUUACUACUGUGCUGUGGUCACACGUGGAGAGAUCCUGUUUGGUGAAGAUACUAAAGAAGAGACAAUACUACGGCUACGGCGGCAGAACGGGGCCCGCUGCCUGCCUGCCUCACGCACCUCCCUCGCUACGUGA